AUGGCCGUCGCCGCGGCCGAUCAAACCUUGGGGAGCGCUAUCGCUUUUUGGCGGGGCGUGAGUUCGGGCGAUCAUCCCCGUGGUGACCUCACCGCGUACGCCCCGCUCGGCCUGCCUCUCUUCACCGAGGCGGUGGACCUCGCGGCGUCGCGUUCGGGAUGGGAUAAAAAAGAGCCGGCGGAAGGUGAAGAGGGUCCUGCCGUGGUGUUAGGAAGCUGGUCGAGCGUGCGAAUGCAAUACCUACGCCGCAUCCCGGCGGCACUUCGUGCGAGCGUGAACGCUGCAGCCAUCGCUCGCAGGAUUUUCGAAGAGGAAGAGGAAAUGGUGGUGGGAGAUGGUCGGGGGCUUUGGCGCCAACCCGACGUUCUUCUUGAAGGAUCUGCGGUAAAUCGAUCCGCGCGUCGGGGAACGCCCCGGGUGCGUCAGAGCUCUCAAUCUUUGAUGGCGGUUCUUUACAUCUCCCUGGAAGGAAUGGUCUACCCAGUUAGGAUGGCUGAUGUCGAUAGUCUGGUGGGUCUCUUUUUCGAGGCUUCGGCCGAUCCUUCGCACACAGAAACCCAUCGUGAGGAGGACAUGGGCGAGGAGUUCGCUACCGACGCGGAAACCACACAGUUUGUCAAAGCGUAUAAUGGGUGGGUUUUACCCUUCGACGAAGACGACUCGUUUACACGCGGUGCGUUGGGGUUGUGA